AUGUCCAAACCGAAGAUCUAUCUCUAUGCCGAAGCGCUUACUCACAUUCGCCAGCUUACCCUGUACGCCUCUCUCGAGACCGCCAAAAAUGAGCACACGAAAAUACUGUUGUCUUCAGAUAAGAAGGUAAUCACAGCGAUCCACGACGAAGAGUCGUCCAGCAUCUACCUCCCGACACAAAUAUCGGGCACUGCCAAUGUCACGUUUCCCACGGACAAAAGGACCGAGAUUUCCGCUCGGUUGCAGAUAGACGAUGUUGAUCAGUUGAAACCAGCCGACGACGACGCAGGCAGUAUCGAAGUGCCCUGGUCGGCUGGGGAUUUAACGACGAACACUUCUGUCCGAUGCAAAAGCUGUGGUGCCGAUAUAUUGUCUGCCGGAAAGGUCACUGUCUGGAAGGAUCUGCCUAGCACUCACUGGGCGGAGCUGAUGGAUUUCUGGUUUUGUCACAAGCCACAUGAUGAUCCCAGCAAUGAGCAGCAUGCAGCCGAAUCCAAAGGCUUUGCUCCCACCAGCAAAUUUACUGCCAGCCCUGGUGCUGGGCUUGUGGAUACCGUCUCUUUUCUGUUGCAUGAGAAGGACUGCCAGAACCUCAAACUUUUUAAGCACGCAUCUAGGGCAGGCGCCUACGUCGUCAAGUGUUUUGGCUGCGGGACCACUAUUGGCUCUAGUCAAGAGAAUGAGGAUAGUCGCCGAUUGGUCAAGUCCAGACUCCAGGUCGUUCCAGAUUCGAAUCGAGAUUCGGAAAGCUUUCCCGCCGCAACCUUUGUUUGUGGUCAGCUGUUGUCGUUGAUUGAGAGCUCUGUUACCCGCAGGGUAGUGGUUCAUGCUGACAAUCGUGCCGGAACCCAUGUCGAGGAGGAUGAAGGCCUGAUGCUGUGGAUCUUCAAUCCCGACAUCUACUAUUCGAGCAGCAAGCGAGGGCCCACGGCGCACCGGGCCAUGAAGGUGUUCUACAAGGUUGUCGCCAACCCCGUCAAAUUCUUGGACGCGAACAGCACCACAUACGAAGAGCUCGUUGUGACAGAAGAAGACUUUGUAGAUUUCAGAAAGACCCUGGAAGAAAGCACGAACAUCCUUCCUCAGUCUGCGCGCAGGUUCCAGGAUUGGGAGGUUGGUCUACUGGACCGUUGGGAGAAAACCGCCACGGGUCUCGCCAAAAUGGACGAGAAUCCGCUGAACAAAAAGGUGGAUGAAGGAUUCGAACUUUUCAAGCUACCGGCUGGUAUGCAAGAACUGUAUAUGUGA